AUGGGGAAGAGAAAUGUGAAGAGCCUCAAGUUCAAUCCCUUUCCAGACCCAAAGAAAGGGACAGGCAGAAAAGAUGCCAUCAAGGAACAGCGCAUGGAUCAGACAGCUUGGAAAUGCAAGCUCAAGGACUUCCUGAGUGCAUCGGAUGCUGGCUUGAUCAAACUACUUCGAGCAGAUCGUCUUCUACAUGCCAUUGAGAACAUGGACAAGCGCAUGAUGCAACUUCGAAAAGCAUGGGUGGAAGAGAAAGAGAAGCUCAUAGCCUUCGGCAACGGCAAAACUUGGAUGAACAUCGAGGCAGACGAGGCGACUUUCACAACUACAGACUUCAAGGAUUGUGCCGAGGAUCCUGCAAAGCCUGUGGCUUGGGAGCAGUGGUGUGGCAUCAUCCAGCGUGGUUGUCCACAGACACUGCUCCUCAAGAGAUUGUCCCCUACUACAAGAUCUCCUGGUCCAGGCGCCAUUAGGAAGGCCGAGUGGAAGCCCCUGGCCACAGAGCACCUCCAGGACCGCUGUGUUGUCCUGCACACCGAUGCUGCGAAGUCUUUCCGAUUGCGCUUGCCUGGUGUUCUCCACGACCAUAUCAAGCAUUACAAAAAAAGGAUCAAGGUCAAGGGCAAAUGGGUUUGGAAGCCUCCGACAUACGUGAAGCUCAUUACCCACAAAGAUCCCAAAUCUGGUUUGCCAAUCAAAACCAAGGGUGGGACUCAGAUCAUCGAUCGGGCCUGGCGAUACUUGAAAGACAGAAUCAAGUUGAACCAAAACUGUACAGUAGGGUCUCCUCUCAUGCGGAUAAAGAUCCGUAGUGCUCAGUAUGAGUACUGGCACAGAAAUGCUGAUCUCUGGCUUGCCUGUGGCACACUGUGUGCCGAGAGCGCUCCUGAGGACUUCUGGGAGCUCCGCAGGAAACAUCCGCAGCUGCCCCUGGCACUGCCACAGCUGUUGACGCGCAGCUUCACACGCUGCUCCUCCCGUGUCGUGGACUUUUUCCCCGGCCAGCAGGGCGGCAAGAUGCUCGUGGAAUUGCAGGAUGGACAACGAAUCGAGACAGUCCUCAUUGAACAUGCAGGGCCCAAGCCGCGAUCCACCGUCUGUGUCUCCAGCCAGAUUGGCUGCAAGAUGGGCUGCCGUUUUUGCGCCACAGGCACCAUGGGUCUGCGCGGUCAGCUCUCGGCCGGCGAAAUCCUGGAGCAACUUUUGCACGCCAAGCGAUGGGCACGAAAAGAAGCCCCGGUUCGGAAUGUGGUGUUUAUGGGCAUGGGUGAGCCACUGGACAACUAUGAGAACGUCAUGGCGGCCGUCAAGGUGAUGCCUGAGCACGCCUUUGGCGUGGCAUUGAAGAAUGUGACCAUCUCCACUGUGGGUGUCCCCGGUCGCAUUCGCGCGCUGGGCCAUGAGAUCCCGGCGGGGCCCAAUCUGGCGCUGUCUCUGCAUGCGCCCACGCAGGAUCUUCGCAUCGAGUUGGUCCCCACGGCGCGGGGGUUGGUCUUGGAGGACUUGAUGCGCGAGGUGGACGACUAUGGCGAAGUCACAGGGAACAAGGUGAUGAUGGAAUACAUUUUGAUCGCUGACGUGAACUCCUCCGAUAGAUGCGCCCACCAACUGGGAACGCUGUUGGCGAACUGCAAGGCCUUGGUCAUGCUGAACAUCAUCCCCUACAAUCCAACGGCCAGUGGGGAUGAGCACGGCUAUCGGUCACCAACUGAUGCCGACUGCCGCAGAUUCAAGUUCAUCGUCGCGGAGUACCGGCGCCAGUGGGAUGCAGCCAAUGCAGGUGCGGACGGUCAGGCCGGUGCGCCCUUGCUGUGUACCGUGCGCUGGAGCACCGUGCCCGGGCAGGCACAAGCUGCAGCCUGUGGACAACUGGCUUUGCAGACUCCCGCCUUGAAGGCUGCUGACAUCGAGGACGUCCCUGGUGUGUCCAGGACCUUGCGGCUACCAACGUGGUCAUCGCAGAACACGCAGCCAGUACAGAUGUUUUUGAUGGGCAACGUUCUAUCGCCCUGGUGGUUUUUCAUCACCUCGCUGCUCCUGGGCGCAGGAAUCGGAACUAUGUAUUCUGGGAAAUUCUCGCUACGAAGAAUUAUAUCAAACUGA